CAUCUGGAAAAUAAGAAAUAAAAGUGGACGGUGUCCCGUAAACCCAGCGGUUGUCUUGAUAUUAUAUGGUCAAAUCUCGACGAUUUAAAAUUCAAUCUGGACCGAUUUAAUGGACAAAUAAGGGGUACCAGUGCACGCCCAGAUACCACAGGAAUGGAUAUCACAAGUCGCUGCACUCUUGGUGACCCCAACAAGCUCCCAGAGGGAGUUCCUCAGCCUGCCAGGAUGCCCUAUGUCUCCGACAAGCACCCUCGGCAGACUCUGGAGGUCAUCAACCUGCUCCGCAAGCACAGAGAGCUGUGUGAUGUGGUGUUGGUGGUUGGAGCCAAGAAGAUUUAUGCACACCGUGUGAUCCUGUCCGCCUGCAGCCCCUAUUUCAGAGCCAUGUUCACGGGGGAACUGGCCGAGAGCCGGCAGACGGAAGUCGUCAUCCGGGAUAUCGAUGAACGUGCCAUGGAGCUGCUCAUCGACUUCGCUUAUACCUCGCAGGUGACUGUGGAGGAGGGAAAUGUGCAGACAUUGCUGCCUGCUGCCUGCUUGUUGCAACUGGCAGAGAUUCAGGAAGCCUGCUGUGAAUUCCUCAAGCGGCAGUUGGACCCCUCGAACUGCUUAGGCAUCAGGGCCUUCGCCGACACUCACUCCUGCAGAGAGCUGCUGCGUAUUGCUGAUAAGUUCACCCAACAUAACUUUCAGGAGGUGAUGGAGAGUGAAGAGUUCAUGCUGCUCCCAGCCAACCAGCUGAUAGACAUCAUCUCCAGUGAUGAGCUCAAUGUUCGGAGUGAGGAGCAGGUGUUUAACGCUGUAAUGGCCUGGGUUAAAUACAGCAUCCAGGAGCGCAGGCCUCAGCUGCCACAGGUUCUGCAACAUGUGCGUCUUCCCCUUUUGAGCCCGAAGUUUCUGGUUGGGACGGUGGGUUCAGAUCCUCUAAUCAAGAGUGAUGAGGAGUGUAGGGACUUGGUUGAUGAAGCCAAGAACUACCUCCUACUACCCCAAGAGCGCCCCCUAAUGCAGGGACCUCGAACCCGGCCCAGAAAGCCUAUUCGUUGUGGAGAAGUUCUGUUUGCUGUGGGAGGUUGGUGCAGUGGUGAUGCCAUCUCAAGCGUUGAGCGCUACGACCCUCAGACCAAUGAAUGGAGGAUGGUGGCGUCCAUGAGCAAACGGCGCUGUGGAGUUGGUGUCAGUGUUCUGGAUGAUCUGUUGUAUGCAGUUGGCGGACACGACGGCUCAUCUUAUCUCAAUAGUGUAGAGAGGUACGAUCCCAAGACUAACCAGUGGAGCAGUGACGUAGCCCCUACUAGCACCUGCAGGACCAGUGUGGGUGUUGCUGUAUUGGGAGGGUAUCUGUAUGCUGUGGGAGGCCAGGAUGGUGUUUCCUGUCUCAACAUUGUAGAAAGGUAUGAUCCGAAAGAGAACAAGUGGACUCGUGUUGCCUCAAUGAGUACCAGGCGGUUGGGUGUAGCUGUAGCUGUAUUAGGAGGUUUUCUUUACGCAGUAGGUGGUUCAGACGGCACAUCCCCACUAAACACAGUGGAGCGGUUUAACCCUCAAGAGAACCGCUGGCAUACAGUGGCACCCAUGGGUACCCGUCGGAAACACCUGGGCUGUGCCGUAUACCAGGACAUGAUCUACUCUGUGGGUGGCAGAGAUAUGUAA